AUGGAUAUGUCUGUCUCCCCCGUUCACUAUCCUCACGCUCGGACAACCUUCAACCUCACCGGGAAACAAAAUUACGGCAUCAGCCGCACGUCCGUAAAUUCCAUCAUUCUCGCCUCGGACUCGUCAAAUGAUUUUGUUCAGAAACCCACCAGCUCCACCGGCGGCCUCCGCCGCCCAACCACUCACAAGUCUCUAAAAACCCCUUCUUCCCGCUCCUCUAAACUCUCAGACAAUCCCCUCAAGAAACUCGUUGAUUCCAAAAAUAGCCUCCCUGUCACCAGUUCAUCAUCCCAUGAUACUCUGAGUAAUAAGCUAUGGCUGUCCUGCAAACUCACGCCUCCGCCCCCAAUUCCACCGGGUACUCUAUUGGAAAAGUUUCACCAGAAAAAUGAUGUGGAAGAUGAGAUCUCGGAGGAAUCGGAUGAAAAUGAAAAAGAAGUGGAGUUCAGGGAGAAAGGCAAGAUAUUUGUGGGUAAUUUACCACUGUGGAUUAAGAAGCCUGAGGUGGUCGAAUUUUUCAGGCAGUUUGGGCCAAUAAAGAGCGUGGUUCUGAUUAAGGGCCAUGAUGAUGUCCAGAGGAAUAUGGGAUUUGGGUUUGUGAUAUACAAUGGGAAUACUGCUGAGGUGUCUGCUAUGAAAGCAGUUGAGUUUGAUGGAGUGGAAUUUCAUGGGAGACCUUUAACUGUGAAGUUGGAUAACGGCAAUAGAUUGAAGGGAAGACACGGUGAGAGGGCAAGGUGGUUGGAGGGUAAAGAUGAGGAGAGAGGAGAUUACAGGUCUAAUUGGCAUGAAGAAAGGGAAGGUUCACGGAAUGAGUUCAGAAAGAUUCUGGAAUCUCAACCGCAGAAUUGGCAGGCGGUCGUACGAGCUUUUGAAAGGAUUAACAAGCCUUCCAGAAGAGAGUUUGGCUUGAUGGUGAACUAUUAUGGAAGGAGAGGAGACGUACAUCGUGCACGUGAAACAUUUGAGAAGAUGCGGGCUCGGGGAAUAGAACCAACAUUACAUGUAUAUACAAACCUCAUUCAUGCUUAUACAGUGGCAAGAGACAUGGAAGAUGCACUGUCAUGUGUAAGGAAGAUGAGAGAUGAUGGAAUAGAAAUGAGUUUAGUCACAUACAACAUUCUUGUUGGGGGAUUUGCAAAAACUGGGAACGCUGAAGCUGCCGAGUAUUGGUUUACGGAAGCCAAAGAAAGACUUCAAGAUUUAAAUGGAAUCAUAUAUGGGAGCAUCAUCUAUGCAUAUUGUCAAGUGAGCAACAUGAACCGUGCUGAAGCAUUGGUGAGAGAGAUGGAAGAAGCUGGUAUUGAUGCUCCAAUUGACAUCUACCACAGCAUGAUGGAUGGUUAUACCAUGGUUCAAAAUGAAGAGAAAUGUCUAAUGGUUUUUGAUAGACUUCAGGAAUGUGGCUUUGCACCUUCGGUGGUUACUUAUGGAUGUCUCAUCAAUCUUUACACCAAGAUUGGAAAAGUGUACAAAGCUUUGGAAGUAAGUGACAUGAUGAGACAGGCAGGAGUUAAGCACAACUUGAAGACUUACUCAAUGUUGAUCAAUGGUUUUAUCAAUUUGAAAGAUUGGGCGAACGCCUUUUCUGUAUUUGAAGAUGUGAUCAAAGAUGGUCUUAAGCCUGAUGUCAUACUUUACAAUAACAUCAUUAGAGCCUUUUGUGGCAUGGGUAACACCGAACGUGCUAUUCGGAUGAUUGAUGAAAUGAAAAAGGGGAAGCAUAGACCAACUUCGAGAACAUUUAUGCCCAUAAUUCUUUAUUUUGCUAGAGCUGGAGAUAUGAGAAGAGCUCUUGAUAUUUUUGAUAUGAUGAGGAGAAGUGGAUGCAUUCCCACUGUGCAAACAUACAAUGCGUUAAUUCUAGGGCUUGUUGAAAAACGUCAGAUGGAAAAGGCUGAGGCUAUACUAGAUGAGAUGGUUGUUGCUGGCAUCAGUCCGAAUCAGCACUCAUACACGACCAUUAUGAAUGGUUAUGCGUCAUUGGGAGACACUGGGAAAGCUUUCGAAUACUUUUCUAAAUUUAAAAAGGAGGGCCUGGAGCUUGAUGUUUUUACUUAUGAGGCCUUACUCAAGGCUUGCUGUAAAUCUGGCAGAAUGCAAAGUGCAUUAGCAGUGACGAAAGAGAUGAAAGCUCAAAAUAUCCCGAGGAAUACUUUUAUCUACAACAUAUUAAUUGAUGGAUGGGCUCGUCGUGGUGAUGUUUGGGAGGCUGCAGAUCUGAUGCAGCAAAUGAGACAAGAAGGAGUACAACCAGACAUCCAUACAUACACUUCUUUCAUAAAUGCUUGUUGCAAAGCUGGAGACAUGAUGCGAGCAACAAAAAGCAUUGAGGAGAUGGAAGCGGUUGGGGUGAAGGCAAACUUGAAAACGUACACGACGCUCAUACACGGGUGGUCCCGUGCGUCCCUCCCUGAAAAGGCUCUGAAAUGUUUCGAGGAUAUGAAAGAAGGCGGGAUAGAGCCGGACAGGGCCGUAUUGGAAGCAAACGGCGUCGUUUUACUUAACAGGUAA